ACAGGGUCAGGGGAGAAGGCGGAAGAAGCAGCUCGCAGUGCGACAGUCGUCCAGCAGCAGCGAGUGCUACAUGAUGGUUCCCCACACCGCCCGGAGGACCGGCUGGCUGUGAGCGAACCUCGAGCCGCGACCACUCUCCUUCGUUCCGGUGAGAACAGGUGUCUGGGCUGAACAGAGCUGCACUGUGGGUCCUCAGCUUCACUGUUCACUGGUCAAUGUGACGGAUCGCACCAACGACACAUCCAGCCUCACUAUGGGUCAGGACAGGGGCAAGUUUGACUUCUACAUCGGCCUGGGGUUGGCCGUCAGCUCCAGCAUCUUCAUCGGAGGCAGCUUCAUCCUCAAGAAGAAGGGCCUGCUGCGGCUGGCGAGGAAGGGGUCCAUGCGGGCGGGCCAGGGUGGUCAUGCAUAUCUAAAAGAGUGGCUAUGGUGGGCCGGUUUAUUAUCAAUGGGGGCCGGUGAAGCAGCCAACUUCGCAGCCUAUGCCUUCGCUCCUGCGACUCUGGUGACGCCACUGGGAGCCCUCAGUGUGCUCGUGAGUGCGGUGCUGUCGUCCUACUUCCUCACAGAACGGCUCAACCUGCAUGGGAAGCUGGGCUGCCUGCUCAGCAUCCUGGGCUCCACCAACAUGGUGAUUCAUGCGCCGCAGGAGGAAGAGAUCAACAGCCUGGAGGACAUGGCCAAGAAGCUGGUCGACCCAGCCUUUUUUUGCUUUGCAACUCUCGUCAUCAUCGUUGCGGUCAUCUUCAUAUUUGUUGUGAGUCCACGCCACGGGCAGACCAAUAUCCUUGUGUAUAUCACCAUCUGCUCGGUAAUCGGAGCACUAUCAGUAUCCUGUGUCAAAGGACUGGGCAUCGCCAUAAAGGAAGCGAUCGCUGGGAAACCUGUUGCCGGAAACCCGCUAGCCUGGUUCUUGCUCCUGAGUCUGGUGGCCUGUGUGAGCACGCAGAUCAACUACCUGAACAAGGCUCUGGACAUAUUCAACACGUCCCUGGUGACGCCCAUCUAUUACGUGUUCUUCACCAUGUCAGUGCUCACCUGCUCCGCCAUCCUCUUCAAGGAGUGGGAGCACAUGGGCACCGGCGACGUGAUCGGCACCCUCAGUGGCUUCCUCACCAUCGUCGUGGGGAUCUUCCUGCUCCAUGCCUUCAAAGACAUCAACGUCAGUCUGGCUACUCUAGCUGUGACGAUGAGGAAGGACGAGCGGGCCUCUCCUGCAGCCAAUGGCGUGGCCUCCCACAGCACCUACGAACUGCUACACAACGAGUCCACUGAGGACGUGGAGGAAAGAGAAAUGGGUUUGCCUUUUGAUAGUCUUUCUAGAAGAAACGGGGCAAUGACUUCCUCGUUGGAUCAUUAAGAAACUUCUGUUUUUCCUGUCACCCGACAGACCAGUAAUGGCGUUGUUGCGGUGUAUGUGAACAAUAAGACAAUCAACUGUAUGUGAAGAGUGACUUGGACGGACCAGUGGAUUGUAUUUGUUUGAUUUGCCUUACUUUUCUCCGAAUAUGACCUGCUCAUAUUCAGUUGCAGUUAGAACUUAAUUUCAUUCCUCUGUAGCGUUGUAAAUAUGAGUUUUUUAAAAGAAAUGUUUUGUUAUAUGUACAUGCAUAUCCAUGCACUGACUUACUUUCUAUAAAUCAAAGAAAAAUUUUAAUAUAUCUUCUACAGGAGCCCCUUCUGACAAGGACUAUAUUAAAAAGGACAUUAACUAUGAAUGGGUUUGUCGUGAUACUUGAAAGUAAUAACAGUUUUUCUUGGGCGUCGUUCUGAACUCUUUUGUAGGGUUAACAUGAAAAGCUACAAAGAUGAACCAAUAGAUUUGUUUCAUAUUUAUUGAAUUAAAAGGAUUUAAAACAUUUGGAACACAAGGCACAAAGAAUAAAUGCUUAACAUGA